AAAAACAUUUCCUUUUAAACAGGUGUAGAAGUGAUGAUGGUUUCUAAAAUCAUUCUCUCUGUUAACAGUCGUCACGCUGACCGUUGGACUGAACUACCAUUUCUAUGAUCGGCUUGUGGUACAGACGGAGAAGAGACUGCAAACCAUCCACAGAUAAACUGACAUACGAGUAAGAUAUGAGAGACCGGCUGGAGCUCCUCCAACAGGUGCAGCCUGACUCUGAGGGUUUCUCCAUGGUGGAGUUGGACAAUUUAGAGCAGGAGGCGGCAGCAGCAUCAGACCAGGACCUGGAUGGCGUCCUGCAGGAGGCCCAGCAGAUCCGUCUGGAGAUCCAGCAGAUCCAGAAUGACAUCAGUGAGCUGAAAGAUGUCAACUACCAGGCCUUAUACAAGACCUCAUGCCCUAUAGCAACAAAGCGGGACUCCAAUGCAGUCGGGGCGGAUAUUAAACGCCGGGGAGAGUCUGUGCUGCACCGUCUACACAAGAUGAAUGCUCUCAGUGGGGAGCUGGAGGACCAGCGUGGCAGCUCUGACCCCACAGCACGCAUCGCUCAAACACAGUGCCAGUGUCUCAGCAGGGCUCUGCGGGAGGUGAUGUUCAGCUACAACGACACAGAGAUGAGUCACAGGGAGGCCUGUAAACGACAGAUCCAGAGGCAGAUGGAGGUGGUGGGCAGGGAGGUCGGCGAGAAAGAGCUGGAGGAGAUGAUGGAGAGCGGGGAGCUGAACGUGUUCAGCAGCGUCCAGGUGGAGGGCAAAACGGCUCGCUCGGCUUACCUGCAGCUCGAGUGCCGACACAGGGAGCUGCAGGAGCUGGAGAAGAGGAUCGAGGGGAUCCAGGAGCUGUUUCUGGACGUGGCUGUGCUCAUAGAGGAGCAGGGGGUGGCCGUCGAAAACAUCCAGAGGAACGUUCAAAGUACUGAAGUGAUCAUUCAGGAGGCCGUGGUCAAGCUGGACAGAGCAACUUCUUCUGAUAAAAACAACCCCUUCAAGAAGCUGUGUUGUAGCUGCUUUCCAUGUUAUAACAGUUAGUCUGAGGAGGGCCAGUGGUUUUGGAUCCGGUCCACUGGUCCAUGAGGUAAAAGCUGCACUACAAACUAAAAGAACAACCCAUUAAAGAGGACCUAUUAUCCUUAUUUUAGGUGCAUACUUGUAUUUGGGGUUUCUACUAGAACGUGUUUACAUGCUUUAAUGUUCAAAACACGCUUUACUUUUCAUCCUCUCUGAAACGCUCUGUUUGAGCUCCCCCCCGAAAAGCCCGGUCUGCUCUAAUUAGUCAGCUGAACCCGCUCUGUUAUGAUUGGUCAACCGAACCAAACUCUUCAGACUCCGCUCCAGCUCCACUCUAACUAGCCUUGUUUGAGGGAGUGCCAAACUAGCAGGAUAGCAGGUAUUAUAGGCAGGUAUUAUGCCAAUGUGUUACUUGGUGACAUCACCAAGUUACGGAAGAAAAGGCAGGACUUCAACGAGGUGUUUCAGGCAGUUCAGGAGCAGUGUUUCUGUGGGGGAGAGUAACUCCCUUUGGCUUUAUAACUUUGCAGACCUUUUACAUGCACAAAAAAACUAUAUAACACACUAAAGGAAAGGGAAAAAGAACAACAACAUAAUAGGUCCUCUUUAAGACAAUAAUAUCAGUCAUUAGUUCCUUAAAAAAAGUGUUUUGAUAUUGACAAUCUCAUCACAAGGUCCAUUUAGACUGAAGUUAGACAUGUCAUGUGAGUUGCUAUCAAACAAUAGAAUCAACUUAAUAUGGCUCAAUUAGGAGAAGUGUGGAGUCGAGUCACAUGACCUGGACUCGAGUCAGACUUGAGUCACAAAUUUGAUGACUUUAGACUCGAUAAGAUAAAAAACAACAACUUGCGACUAGACUUAAACAUUGACACCAAUGACUCGUGACUUCACUUUGACUUGAGCCUUUUCUCUUGAAAAUACUUGAUACCUUCCCCCUAAGACAAAAGAUUGAAAAGUAUGUUCUCUAAAAAGUGUCAGUUUAUUUCCUGGAUCAACUAACAUACUAACAAAUGCUAUUCAUUCCCAGCAAGUCGACACUUAAAUGUUUGAACCAACCAGACAGCAUUCAGUCAAGUUGCAGAAGAGAACCAUGAAGAACUAACGUUACGUUACUGAGCACCAAUUGGAAAAAAAAUGAUACCAAAUAUAAUUUUGUUUGCGUACAAAAACUACACAGCGGUCAACAAAAAAUGAGUUGCAGUAUGCAAAAUGUGUGGGUCGAAAAUUACAGACGGAGACGCAAAUGGCAUUACAUUUGGUGAAGAGCACAUUAUGACUUGUUUAGGACUUGGAACUUGAGUGCAAAGACUUGAGACUUUUACUUGUGACUUGCAAAACAGUGACUUGGGCCCACCUCUGUCACUUAGCAAACGUCCAUAUCAACAAAUAGCUCUAUAAUCUAGGUCUAUAGGGAAUCUAAAACGUCAGGCAUAAAGCUAUAUUAGCAUAAAGCUUUCGAUCAUAUAACAAAGAUUUUGUCAACUGCUGUUUCUCAGCCAGGGUCAAGACUGAACUUUAAAUAUUUGAGCCAUCAUGGAAAAGACGUCCUUAAAGCGCUGAAUUAAUAAUAAUUCCAUGACAACUGAGGCUCCAUCUGCUGAUGAAGGUCAUGUGGCGUAUGAGUAAAAGCCAGUGGUGGAAUAUAACUGAGUAUAUUCACUCAAGUUCUAUAUUUAUGUACAAAUUUGCAUAAUGGACUGUAAGCCUACUUGAGUGUUUCUUUUCAUGCUACUUUAUACUUCUUCUCCACCACAAUUCAGAGGGAAUAUAUUGUACUUUUUACAAUUAUUUGACAGCUUACUUUUAAGAUUUUACAUACAAAAUACAUGAUGAACUUGUAAAAUAUGGUGCAUUGUUAUAUAUUAAACUACCCGACAGAAUGUAAAAUAAUUCCAAUCAGCUCCACCAGUAAAAUGCUGCUUAAACUAGAUCAUUUUAUAAGCAUGCAAGAUUUUAAAGACAGGAUUUAGGAGUAUUUGAACACUGAAUGUGCAUCUCCUGUAACUGAAUGACACUGCUAAUUCAUCAGUUGAUGCAAUUUGCUGUUUGUUUUAAGUCUGUUAUUGUCUCUCUUAUGUGAAUUCUUUAUGUUGUUUUUAAGUUUUUUGUGUUUUUAUGUGAAAUUCUGUUA